UUACUUACCAACAAUUGGCAAAGGCGGACGACAAACACUUAAAGCACACAAUGUUGCAGCAAUGCGAACAACGACGACGAAGAUCAAGACCAGCACGGACGAUGAUGAUGACAUUGCAUCAAAUGACCCAUAUAUGGCCAACAACAAUAAGAAGAAAACCGACAACAACAAUAACAACACCAUCACUAUUAGCGGUUAGCAUUAUUUGCAUGUUUUUGGCCAAUAUUGCUGCAGUUAUGGCUGGGGUAUUCUAUCCAAGAGGCGGAUCAUUUGGGUAUUUGGCAGCUGUGGCCAUACCAGUGGACUUGCCCAAUCGCAACAUUUACAUGGCUUUUAAUUUUGAGUCCAAUUAUGGUUUGCCAUCGAAUGAUUCCUACACUGAGUGGAUAGAUAGGUGGGAUUUGGAUGAAACAUAUUUGGGUAUUGGCAACAACGUUACCGUCAUUAAUAACCGAAAAUUACAAAGCAAACGAAAACGAUCCACCACCAGCACCGACCAAACUUCUGGCCAGCCAUUACUGCCCCGUUAUGACCGUCGUUCGUUUUAUCGCACAUUUACUGGUUAUUUGGAUCAUUAUCAAAUGAACGGAACCGGUUGCCUGCUGAGAACGAUUUGCGAAGUGGCCGCCUCAACAAUGGAUGAAAACAAUGGCGUUUUGGGCAGUAUUUUGAAAAUUUUAUUCAUGCCAACAACAUCACGACCCGAACCGCCACAACUGCAUAACGAUAUUAACGAUGAAGACCUUUAUCGCGCCGAAUGGCAAGGCCGCCAAUAUUUGGCUAAUAACAUGGUCGACGACGAUGGCAACGAACUUGACGGUGGCGAUAACGAAAACAACAAUGCCUGUUUGGAUUAUUCGCAAUGGUGUCCUGAAGGAGUUAUUAGUCUGAUAUCAAACUGGUAUUAGGUAUUGUGUCCGGUGAGCUGAGCUGUGUGGAGUUGAAAUGCUUG